CUGGAGUUGCGGGACUGGGUGAGGAAGGGGAAAGGAUGAAGUGAAGGGUACGUUUGUGGAGAAAGGUCGGGAAAGAACAGAAGGGCGAGAGACGUGGGAACCGUGGGUCUAGGGGAAAGGCGAGGGGUGGGGGGGCACAGUUUCCCCUCCUGGGAUGUUUGGCGUGCGACAGGCCCCUUCCUCAGACUCACUGCUUGCUCCCUUUGGAAGCCGUGGAUGCCCCCUAAGACCUCUUGAGACUCCGUUCUUCGUUUCCCCGCAUAGUCUCCUGAUGUGAGGAGGGGGUAUUGUCUCCUGAGGAAGGAGACGUUUCUGGCCCCCACCCAGUGCUGGGUAGUCCAAGAAACGGGGAGAGCAGAAGCCCCUUUGUCCCAACCCUGGCUCUGCCGCCAAGACAGUCUGUAACAACUCUGUGUGACCUUGGGCAAGUCACUCACUACCUUUCUUUGGGCCUAAGAUUUCCCAUCGAUUAAAAAAAAAAAAAAGGAAGAUGCAUAAGAAGGAUAUCCCAGAUCUCUUUCUGCUCUUAAAAUGGGGAGGUGCUUGAGGAGAGAGUUCAGGAGAAUGGGUUCUAGGACGUGGGGAAGCAAAGGAAAGAAGGAUGAAGAUGGAGGCUAGGCCUUCAGCUGGGGCCGCAGAAAAUCCCCAGGGACGUGAGGGGAGGGUAAGCACAAAGCAAGGCUGGGGCAGGCUAGCCAGCGCCUCUGGAAUCCUGUUGGAGUGAUGGGAAGACUGUAAAUAAGACAAAGAGGUUGAAACUGAACCGAAGAAGGAUGAAGACCAGAAGUAACAUUCUGUUCAUCAGGAGAGUGUCGGUUCCCGAUUCUGGUCCCCGGCCCCCAGCAGCGCCUGCCCCCUUCCCACCGGGGCCCCCCAUGAUGCCACCACCCUUCAUGCCUCCUCCAGGAAUCCCCCCACCUUUUCCUCCAAUGGGGCUCCCUCCCAUGAGUCAGAGACCACCAGCCAUCCCCCCCAUGCCACCUGGCAUCAUGCCCCCAAUGCUCCCACCAAUGGGGGCACCACCACCACUCACACAGAUACCAGGAAUGGUACCUCCCAUGAUGCCAGGAAUGCUGAUGCCAGCAGUGCCUGUCACCGCAGCGACGGCUCCGGGUGCGGACACCGCCAGCUCUGCUGUGGCUGGGACAGGCCCUCCGAGGGCCCUGUGGAGCGAGCAUGUGGCCCCUGACGGGCGCGUCUACUACUACAACGCUGACGACAAGCAGUCCGUGUGGGAGAAGCCCAGCGUGCUCAAGUCCAAGGCAGAGCUCCUGCUGUCCCAGUGUCCCUGGAAAGAGUACAAGUCGGACACAGGCAAACCUUACUACUACAACAAUCAGAGUAAGGAGUCCCGCUGGACCCGGCCCAAGGACCUGGAUGACCUGGAGGCUCUAGUCAAACAAGAGGCUGCAGGGAAACAGCAGCAGCCACAGACACUACAGCCACAGCCUCCUCAGCCUCAGCCCGAUCCCCCACCUGUGCCGCCCGGCCCCACCCUUCUGCCCACAGGCCUCCUAGAACCUGAGCCAGGUGGGAGUGAAGAUUGCGCCGUGUCAGAGGCUGCCCAGCCCCUGGAACAGGGGCUCCUGCAGCAGCCAGAGGAGGGCCCCAGCAGUUCUGCUGGACAGCAUCAGCCACCACAGCAAGAGGAAGAAGAAUCAAAACCGGAGCCGGAGAGGUCUGGCCUCAGUUGGAGCAACCGGGAGAAGGCAAAGCAGGCCUUCAAGGAGCUGCUGAGGGACAAGGCUGUCCCCUCCAAUGCUUCGUGGGAACAGGCCAUGAAGAUGGUGGUCACUGACCCCCGUUACAGUGCCUUGCCCAAACUGAGUGAGAAAAAGCAGGCAUUCAAUGCCUACAAAGCGCAGCGGGAGAAGGAGGAGAAGGAAGAGGCCCGGCUAAGAGCCAAGGAGGCCAAGCAGACCUUGCAGCAUUUCCUGGAGCAGCAUGAACGCAUGACCUCCACUACCCGCUACCGGCGGGCAGAACAGACCUUUGGGGAGCUGGAGGUCUGGGCUGUGGUCCCUGAGAGGGAUCGAAAAGAGGUUUAUGAUGAUGUCCUCUUCUUCCUGGCCAAGAAGGAGAAGGAACAGGCCAAGCAGCUGCGGCGCCGCAACAUCCAGGCCCUGAAGAGCAUCCUAGAUGGGAUGAGUAGUGUCAACUUCCAAACCACAUGGUCCCAGGCCCAGCAGUACCUCAUGGAUAACCCCAGCUUUGCUCAGGACCAUCAGCUGCAGAACAUGGACAAGGAAGAUGCGCUGAUCUGCUUUGAGGAGCACAUCCGAGCUUUGGAGAGGGAGGAGGAGGAGGAGCGAGAGCGAGCCCGACUUCGGGAGCGGCGCCAGCAGCGCAAGAACCGGGAGGCCUUCCAGACCUUCCUGGAUGAGCUGCACGAGACAGGGCAGCUGCACUCCAUGUCCACCUGGAUGGAGCUGUACCCAGCGGUCAGCACUGAUAUCCGCUUUGCCAACAUGCUGGGCCAGCCGGGCUCCACCCCUCUGGACUUGUUCAAGUUCUAUGUGGAGGAGUUGAAGGCACGAUUCCAUGAUGAGAAGAAGAUCAUAAAGGACAUCCUUAAGGACCGGGGCUUCUGCGUGGAGGUGAACACAGCCUUCGAGGACUUCGCCCACGUCAUAAGCUUUGACAAGAGGGCUGCUGCGCUGGAUGCAGGCAACAUCAAGCUGACUUUCAAUAGUCUGCUGGAGAAAGCAGAGGCGCGCGAGAGAGAGCGGGAGAAGGAGGAGGCCCGGCGGCUGCGGCGCAGGGAAGCUGCCUUCCGAAGCAUGCUGAGGCAGGCUGUGCCUGCUCUGGAGCUGGGCACGGCCUGGGAAGAGGUCCGUGAGCGCUUUGUGUGCGACUCAGCCUUUGAGCAGAUCACCCUGGAGUCGGAGCGGAUCCGGCUCUUUCGGGAGUUCCUGCAGGUACUGGAGACGGAAUGCCAGCACCUCCACAGCAAAGGCCGGAAACACGGCAGAAAGGGCAAGAAGCACCAUCGCAAGCGUUCCCACUCGCCUUCAGUGAGUUGGCGGGGCUCUGAGUCAGGAGAUGAGGAGCUGCCCCCACCCUCUCUCCGGCCCCCCAAGCGGAGGCGACGGAACCCCUCGGAGUCAGGCUCUGAGCCCUCUUCCUCACUUGAUUCUGUUGAAAGUGGGGGUGCUGCCCUUGGAGGACGGGGUUCCCCCUCCUCUCGCCUUCUCCUUGGAUCAGGCGGGAAGCGGAGAGAAGGAAGGAGGACUGGACUGAGACUUCCUCAGAAAGAUCAUGGUCUUCGGAAAGCCAAGAAACCAAAAAAGAAAACUAAGAAGAGAAGACACAAGUCGAAUAGUCCUGAGAGCGAGACAGACCCUGAGGAGAAAGCUGCCAAGGAGAGUGAUGAGAAAGAACCAGAACAGGACAAGGACAGGGACCUCCGGCGGGCAGAGCUCCCUAACCGCUCCCCAGCCUUUGGAAUCAAGAAGGAGAAGACGGGCUGGGACACGUCGGAAAGCGAGCUGAGUGAGGGUGAGCUGGAAAGACGGCGGCGGACGCUCUUGCAGCAGCUGGACGACCACCAGUGACCUGACACGCCACCAUGCCUCGGGUCUGCGUGAGGCUGUGGCUGAGUUCACCCUCGCUGUCUGCCUCAGACUUCUUCCUUAGUUGGGUCUGUGUCCACUUUUUCUCAAGUAUCCCCAACCCCAACCCACCAUUUCUGGCAUCUCCCAAGGUGCUUGCGGUGUUCAAGGGUCCCCUCAACUUCCCGGACAACUAGUGCAGUCCUUGCCCUCAGUCUCAGACCAGCGAUUGGUGGUGAAUGCCAUGUGGGUGGGUGGUGCCAGUAGAUAAAAUGUGAGAAGGGGCCCCCAGAACAAGUGGCAGGCUGGUGGACACAGCCUGGGCGGCAGGGGCGGGUCCUUAGCCGCUAGCAUCAGGGCCUGCUCCCGCCUGCCCAGGCCCUGGGGCUCCACCACCCCUGGGGCCCAGCGUAUGUGUGUUUUGUUUUGGUUUUGUUUUUUAAAUGACAAUAUUUAUAAUGUG